AUGUAUUUACCUAUUAUUUAUAAGAGAAAAUUUUGACAAAUUUUAACCUAGACCUGCACUGAACUAUUUAACAAUCGUUAUCAAAUCAUAUCUAAUAAACCAGUGAUAAUAUAAUCACGACCUCCAACUUAGCACACGUAACUAGAGAUGACUCUUAAAACCAACGCGGACAGCCGUAACAGCCGAAAAGGAAACGGCAGUUAUUUAUCGGAUACGAAUUUUUCUUUCAACAUAAAAUGAAAAUUACUUAUUUAUUUCUAUUAAUAAAAGUAGUAUCUUUUGUGAAAUGCGCGAAAAUCCUGGCAGUGUUCCCUAGUCCUGGCUACAGUCAGUUUAUUAUGGGUGAAAAACUAAUGGAGGAGCUUGUUAGGAGAGGACAUGAAGUGACUGUUAUUAGCGCGUUCAAGCCCACUAAAGAUAUUAAGAACUACACACUGAUUUUGGUUGAUGGCCUCCAUGAGACCCUUACAGGUGAUUUAUAUCUUCAAGAAGACGCAAAUCCAUUUAAAUCAAUAUUGUACCUUGAGGAAUUGGGACAGUUGAUCACAGAGCAUACUUUAGCUCACGAGAAAGUACAGCAACUAAUUCAUUCCAAUGAAACCUUCGACCUGGUAUUUGUAGAAAUACUGGUAAACGAGGCCCACAUGGGGUUUGCAGCACAUUUCAAGGCACCACUAGUCAGUUUCUGUUCGAUAGGGUUUUCCGAAUGGGAUGCGCAAUUCGUCGGCAACGUGCGACUUCCAUCAGUCAGUCCCUUAUCCCUUUCAUCGUACACAGAAAGAAUGACGUUCGUUCAGAGACUACAUAACGCUCUUCUGAAUUGGUUUCAUGCAAUCUAUAAGGAAGUGGUGUCAUAUCCUCAUCAACAGAAACUAUUAACUAAAUAUUUUCCAGGAAACUUAAAUCUGAAGGAUGUCAUUUAUAACGUUAGCAUAAUGCUACAGAAUUCCCAUGCCAGCACCACUUUUCCUUCGACCCUGACAACUAAUGUUAUAGAAAUUGGAGGGUUUCAUAUUACUAAUAAGGAGCUUCCCAGUGACAUUAAGAAAUAUUUAGAUGAAGCUACCGAAGGAGCUAUAUUCUUCAGUAUGGGCACCAAUUUGAAGUCUGCUGACUUACCGAAACACAAACUGGACGGAAUCCUGAAGGCUUUCUCUAAACUGAAGCAAAGGGUUUUGUGGAAAUUUGAAAGAAUGGAUAUUCCUAACAAACCAGAAAACGUUUUCAUAUCAAAGUGGAUGCCACAAACUGAUAUAUUAGCCCAUCCGAAUAUAGUUGCAUUUAUUACACACGGUGGUCUGCUGAGUACUACAGAGGCCAUAUAUUAUGGCGUUCCGAUGAUAGGAAUUCCAGUAUUUGUCGAUCAGAAGAUGAAUGUGGCCAGAUCUGUUGAAAAACAGAUUGCCGUACAUUUACCGUUAAAGGAAUUAUCAGAAGAAUCUCUGUCUGAAGCUUUAAAACAGAUCUUGACGAAUCAAAGGUAUUCAAAAAAUGCGAAGGAGUUGUCUAACGUAUUUAAUGACCAAAUGGCAAAGCCUCUGGAUGUGGCAGUGUUCUGGAUGGAAUAUGUUAUAAGACACGGUGGAGCACCUCAUCUAAGAAAUGCUGCUAUAGAAUUGUACUGGUUUCAACUGUACCUUCUAGACGUUAUAGCUUUUAUUAUAAUAUGUAUCGUGACGUUUUGUUAUGCUGCCAAGUUACUUGUAAGACGAUUGAUUAGCAACGUACCCUUGAGAAAUCGAAAACAAAAAAUUAACUAGAUAUUACCAAUUGAUAAGAAAACCAGAAGGAAUAUUGUAAACAUAAUUUGUAUUUAAUGAGUGGCCAAUAAAAUACUGACAAAGAUAAG